AUAAAAAAUGAAUACUGUCUGGAAAUAAAAAUAGACAUGCAUCAUGUUGACCAAAUGAAUACAUUUAUACAUCGCUCAACAUAAAUUAAUAGCAGAACAUCAAACAUUCAUCAUGAUUGAUUAAAGACACGCACACACAUGUCACACAAAAUAAUACGAAUAUAUUGAUAACCGUUCCGUGUCCGAUGUAGCGAUUACGAGUGUCAUUAUGUGUACGGACCUUUACGUAGCGUAGGCCUACGAGUGUGAGCCGCUACGAACUUGGAAUAGUCGACGCGUAGACGUUGCGGACCCACACACGACUUCGUACUAAGCGUUUUAAGAAAAAAAUAUACAUCACAUUAAAAUUGAAGAUGGCGGUUUCCGAAACAAAGUUCCGCUUUCGAAGGAUAGUCCUGAGUGUGGCGGUUUUCAUCUCUCUGUGUGGGCCAGCAAUUGCUGAGGUCGGUCGUCGGUGCUACUGGUGCGGGCCGAUGGCGGAGCAGGUUCACCGCAGUCAGCGCGCUCCAAGCUGCAGCCGGCCCUUCACUGAGGUCACCGACUGCGACCCUGGCUUCCCCUACUGCGCUGUCGUGGCUACAUCACCACCUUAUACGGAAUCGAGGUACUGUGUCAAGUUGUAUCAAGAUGAAUGUUACUCCUUGUAUUGCAACUCCACCAGAACCUGGCGCAUGACCUGUCCCUGCCGAGGAGACCUCUGCAACGGAGUCAAUACCGAACGGGAAGCCGAAGCAUUCGGUAUACUGCCCAGACUCGUCGCCAAAACACACAACGCUAGAAUCAAAAGAGCCCUCAUAUCUAAAUCAAGUUUCAUCAGCAUGAAUAACAACAGAAAAAAUCAAAUUGACAAUACAACGGCCCAAGAAACAAAAAGUAUUCCAAAUGAUAACAAUGCUAUAUAAACGACCUCCCAAAAACUAUUAACCAGGAAAUUAUACUAUUUGCAGACGAUAGUACAGCCAUAUUUACUGAAGAUGACAAAAGCAAACAUGAAGAUAAUAUAAACAAAUCUCUUGACGAAAUUAUAAACUGGCUAACGGCUAAUAACCUGAAAAUUAAUAUAACAAAAACUAAUUAUAUGUCCUUUACAAACAAAAAUACUAAAUCAACAAAUCUAAAUAUAAACUACAAGGGAACAAAGAUUAAUGAAGUCCAUAAUGCUAAAUUUUUAGGAAUACAUAUCGACUCAGAACUAAACUGGAAAUUUCAAAUUGAUCAGGUCUGUAAAAAAUUGAACCAGUUCUCAUACGCCCUCUAUAUGUUACGCAAAGUGGUAAAUGAAAAAGUGUUGCUAAAUGUCUACCACGCAUACGCAGGCUCCACAUUAAAAUAUGGCAUUAUUUACUGGGGUAAUUCUACUAACAGAGAAUUUGCUUUCAAGGCUCAAAAAAGAUGUAUUAGAAGUAUAUGUGGACUUAAACCAAAUGAUACAUGUAGAACAGAGUUCAAAAGAUUAAAUAUUUUAACUCUUCCUUCGUUGUACAUAUUUGAGGCAGCAGUAAUGAUAAAACGCGAUAUCAAAAAUUAUGAAACAUUGAGAAGUGUGAGACACAAAAAUCAACUAUGUAUAAAUAAAUGUAGAACAGUUAAAUUUAGAACAAGUAUAUUUGGCAUGGGAGUAAAAAUUUAUAAUAAAAUACCAGAAUGUAUAAAAAAUAUUCCUAACAUUACUUUAUUUAAACUGAAACUCAAAAAGUUUCUAAUAUCCAAAGUGUAUUAUUCAAUUAAUGAGUUUCUAGAGGAUAAAAAUCUUGACUUAUUCUAAUAAUUAACUGUGACAUAUGCAUAAAUAUAAAUCCUUUAUUCUUUAAUUGACUAUAAGUGCUGACAUAAAUAUUUUAAUGAAUGUAUGACAUGAUUAAAACCUCGAGAUAAUUAAGUGAUGUACCUACCUAGCUAAACUUGUAAGUAAUUGUGUAUUCAAAAUAAUUAUUUUCUUCUCAUUAUGACAUUGUACACCUCAAAGGUAUGUUACAGCGAUUCUAUACAUGUUUAAUUCUAAGAACCAUAUUUUACCUGUGACAACAAUAAAUGAAUUUGAUUUGAUUU